GUGGCGCAUCUGCGCAAGACAAACAUUUCUAAACAAAAUAUUUCUGUUUGUGUUUUCGGUGCAAACUUCUGAGAAAACGUUAAAAACAUUUCUGGAUUUUACAACAAAAGACAAGAUUCUAAAUGAAUCCUGCUAUGGGAGUGAAAUUAAAGAUCUGAACUGAAAGUAAAAAUGGCCGACCACGAUCAUAUCCCUGUGAGGGAUACAAGCAACAGAGCAGCUCAUGAAGCAGCUCUACUAGAACAAAAGGCUGCUCUACAACGCCGUGCUGUGUCCAAGCUGGAGAGGGAUGUCCUGGAGGAUAAGUACUUACGGAUCUAUGAAGAAAACAUCAUCCUGAAGAAACAUGCCAGAAAACAGGAAGAUAAGAUCAAACGAAUGGCAACCAAGUUGCUGCGACUGGUUAAUGACAAGAAGAAACUUGAUUCAGAUGGAGGGGGAGGUGGGAAGAAGGUACGCGACAUUGAAGCUGAAGAAAGGAUGGAGGAGAUGCAUGAGAGGAUGAGAGAAUAUGAGAAGCAAAAUGCUCAGCUUAAAGAAAAGUUGAUGUUGGCCAAACAACAAGCUAAUGCCGCCAGUAAAAGGCCAACAGCUUAUGAUCACGUUCAGUCAAGAAUCAAUACGGGUAUUGCCAAACAGCAGACCAUUCAGAUUGACCCCCGAAUAACCAAGAAUCUCCGAGUAAUGGGACCUCCAAUGGAGACUGGCCGAAGAGGUCCGCACAGCCCCACUGGUCCCAGAUAUGGUCACAGUGUGUUAGAAGAAACUAGACAUGAGAAGAGGAAUCUACAACACUACGUGAAUGAGCUACAAGAACGAAUCAAUGUUUAUGAACUUGAAAUAGAAAGUCUGAAAGAACAGAAUCGUAUGAGGGAAUCAGAAUUCGAAGAAGAUAUUCUGAAGAUCAAACAGCAAAUUACUGCUGAACAAAAAGUUAACCUACAAGAGAACAUUGAUAUGAUCCGACUCCAGCGGCAAGUGAAGGAGAAGUCCACUCGUCUGACGGCCAUCCAAGACAAAUACUCAUCACUGGAGGAGAACACUCGCGUGAUAAAGAUGAACCAUGACCAGGUGCUGAUGAAAAUGGAGGAGCUGAACAUGAAGCUAAAGGAUGAAGAAAACAAGAGCCUUACUCUGCAGAAUGAACUCAAGUACAACUCGGCCAAUCAGAGGAAGGUGGUGGAGCUUGAAGAGCAGGUGUCUGACCUGCAGAAGGAAAGCCAAAUCUUGAAAGAAGCAAACGAAAAGCUUGUUAGCAGUGCAUUUGAUCUUGAGAGAGAGCGUGAAUGGAGGCAGCGGGAGAACGCCCUUAAAGUGCAGAUAGCACAGCUGGAGGCCACACUCAAGGCCGACCUUGGAGAGAAGGGGGGCAUCAUUGAUAAAUAUGCAAUGGAGAGGGAUGAGAACGAGAAGCUAGCGCGUGACUUCCAGGAACUGCAGGUCAAGUACUUCCAGAUCAAGGAGCAGUAUGACGACCUGGAGGAAAAAAUGAAGUUCUUCACCAAGGGAAGUGCUGUAGAUUUCACGGAGAUGGAGGAGGCCCUGGUAUUGGUCAAGCAGAAGAAACAGAAGGCCAUGCCACAGCCGGACUUCCUGCAGCAGGUCGACAACGAGAUGACCAAAGACUACCACAAGCAGCUGCUGGACCUCCAGGCUGAGUAUGCAGAGACAGUCCAUGAGCUGGAGAAGACCCGCAACAUGCUGAUGGUCCAACACAAGAUAAACAAGGACUACCAGACAGAGGUGGAGAUGUCCGCUGGCAAGAUGGCAGACGUGAAGAAGGAGUAUGAGAUGAAACUGGAUGAGUAUGCUCGACUUCUAGAUAUACGGCAGGCUAGAAUAAAGAAACUGGAAGCUCAGCUUGGGGAUGUAGCUUAUGGAACCCGACAAUACAAGAUUAUGCCGCCAACGGAAGAUGAGGAGUCAACAAUAGAAUUUGAUGAGACGAUUCAUCUGGAGAGGGGACAGAAUCUCUUUGAAAUACAUAUCAACAAGGUGAACCUGUCUAAUGAUGCGAUACGUGCCCUUGGGGAUGAAGAACCUUCGAUAUUCUGCACAUGGGAGUUCUUCGAGUUUGAGAUUCAGUCCACGCCAGUCGUCAGGGGUCCAAGAUCUGAGUACAACUUCACCUCCCAGUAUGUUGUCAAAGUGGAUGACUUCUUCUUACAUUAUUUACAAAAGGACUCAUGUACUCUGGAGCUGCACCAGUCAUUUGGCCAGGACUUCCAGACACUGGCAGUCUGUCAGCUUGUCUUCAGAGACAUAUUUGACAAGCCCCAUGGGCGAAUACACGGCACUGCCACCUUUACAGGUGUUGGUGAAGGUAUCAAUGGAAUUGGGUUCGGAACUGUAGACUACUGGGUGAGACUAAGGGUCCCCAUGGACCAGGCCCUUCGGCUCUACAAGGAGAGGACCAAGGCACUUGGUUAUAUCACCACCAACCAGCACGCUACACAGCACGCUCUACAGGCCCUGGAUGAACAGGCAGCUCAACGACCCAUGGAUAAUGUCAAUGAGCUGCAUAUCAAGAUAUCCAAGUGUACUGGUAUCAAGUCUCGCAGGAAGAAUGUGCAGCCCUCUCCCUACUGUGUGUACAAGUUUUUCGAUUUCGAUGAUCAUGACUCAGUGAUUCUACCCAGCACAAACAACCCUGAGUUCAAUGACCACAAGACAUACCCUGUACCCAUGACCAGUGAUCUGGACCAGUAUCUCAGAACUGUGCACCUGUCGGUGUAUGUGUUUGACGACACUGACCCCGAUGACACAGCCUACAUGGGCGUCGCUCAGAUCCCCCUCAUUCCUCUGGCUCAUGACAAGGGUGUAUCAGGAGUGUUUGAACUGAAGCGGCCUGACGGCAAGACUAACGGCUGCAUCAACAUGGAACUACGCUGGCAGUACACCUACAUUCCCCCCAAGAUGCCCGUCAGGUCACCACGAGCGCCGGACUACGCUCCUGAUGAUCCUCCAGAGAAACUUGUGUCUUCCCCUGUCCCCAAGAACCGCAUGGCUGCCAAGUUUUCCAAACAAGGCCCUUCAGCCACAUCAACUCCCAUGCCAAAAGAUCGGUUGAUGGCGGUGGAAUCUCAGAUUGUGGAAACUGAACUCUCUACUGUAGCAGCAUCACAGCCGAAGCCAGCCGCACGGCGGAAGGUCCAGAUGAACGUACCCUCCGUUUCUGUGUCGAUGGAGGACCAGGAGCAGGAGACGAUGAUCCAAGAUGCAGUUUCCCAGGCGGUCUCCGGCUUCUUGCCGGGAGUGUCUGAGUCCAUCUCCUCCGUACAGGAGCAAACCGGAGAGGUAGAGUCUAGAGGUGGUGAGGAGGAGGAAGUGCCACCCACUGAGGUACCGGCACCCAGUGAGGAGGAUCUUGAGAUCCCCCUAGACUCACAGGAUCAUCGUGGAGGUCAUGUGACCACAGAGGAUGACACCGAGGGGGAGGAGCUUCAGCCGAAACCCUCCCCCUCCCCCCGUAAUCGUCACAUGAUGAUUGAAUCGGGGUCGGAGGAAGAUUCCAAAGCUGGAGAGGUAACUCCUAAGCCUUCGCCAAAGCCAAUGGAUGACACAAUGUUUGAAGAUGAAGGUUCAAUUGAUGAAGAGAUCACGGAAGAACUGGAGAGUCAGGGCAACACACUGACAGAAACACAGCCCGAGGUACACUCCUCGCCACCAUCAGAGAAGGUGUCGGAGUCGGAGUCCGAGCCAAUAAAGAUAGAGUCAGACAGUGAAGGGCUUGUGAUGAUGAAGUCACUGCCAUCCAAGAGGAAAAUCAGAGCCUCCAAACCAGGGAACACUGUUACUGUCAUCAUCUCCAACCUGACCUUGGAGGAGGACUGCGCCAUGAUGUCCCGCGACAACAUCAAGCAGCUGUUUGUGGAGUACAAGUUCCUAGGCCUGGAUCCCCAGGAGACAGAGACACCCUUCUCACUGCCCAAACCGAAACCAUACCAGCAGAUUACUUACAACUUCACCAAAACUAUACAAGUGGACAUGGAGAAGAACUACGAGAGGAGGCAGUACCUGGCCAGUAUGUUGCUGCCUGAUGACCCAGAUGGAGGAAGGAUCAGGUUCACUUUGGUCAGUGAACCACCGGAGGACGACCAGGAUGCAGACUGUGAGGAUGUGGGUGUGGUCUAUGUCAGUGUCAAGGACAUUCUACUCAAGAAGAAGGAUGUCAAGGAUACAGAUAUUGAUAUUCUGGACGUGAAUGACGAGACAAAGGUGAUCGGCCAGAUGAACCUGACAGUGGAAUGUCUGGCAGCUCUGGAGGCCGUGGAGAGGGAGAUGCAGGUGGAGGGCACAUACUGAACUCAACCCAGCUGACCUAAUGAAUGAAUGAUACUGAAGCUUUGUUCUGAAUCGUGAAUGAAUGCCUUGUCCUGACUGAAUGAUGUACCGUGCAUGAUUUGAUGUCAUUGACUUAUGGAUAGAACACCUGAGUGUCACUGAAAGAAGGGCUGAAUACAUCUAAGUGUUACUGGAAUAUUAACUGAAUAUAUUUCAGUGUCAUAUUAACAUUGCCUGGACAUACCAUAAUCAAUUGAAGUAUCACUGGUCGAAUAAAAGUGCUGUCAGAUACUGCAUUAUUUUAACAAAUAUGUGAUCUGUGUCCUGAAUAUUGAAUGCGUGUACAGACCCGUGCAAAAAGUAAUCGGACACUUGAUGUCAUUUCCAUAGACUUACAUGUUAAUUCACUGUAGCAUAAAUAAUUUUCAUGAAGUGAGUUUGGGAUGGAUCUAUGUAAAAUAUGACAGGCAAAUUUGAAAUCAUCUCUGCUCUGUGCACAUAAUUUCACAUUUUCACUAUUUAACUAAUGACAUGACAUCACAUUUACCAACUUGCGUAUGGUUCCAAAUUCCACAAUCCCAUAGGCCGCCAUGUUAAUUCACGGCACUGUACAUAUGUUGAUUAAAUUGUUGCUAUUCGAUAAAUAAGCAACGGAACAUUAAACAGAAAUUAUGUGAUUAUAGGUAAGAUGAUUCCUCACAGAUGUGCAAACUUUGACUUGGAUCUUAUGAAAAUUAAAGUCAUGAAAAUUAUUUAUGCUACACUAAAUUAACAUGUAAGUCUAUGGAAAUUACAUCAAGUGUCCGAUUACCUUUUGCACGGGGUCUGUACAUUUGCCAUAAGACCAGGCCAGUCAGCUAUUGUUUAGUGACAGUAAAUUAGUGUGUGCCUUUCUCAGAAUAUAUUGUACAUAGUGUCUUAUCCUGUUGUCUGUGAUACGUAGCCGUACUUUGUGUAAAGAUCUAUUUAUUAUUGUCUGUGAUACAUAGUUACAGCUGUAUGAAACUGAUACCGUCCUCUGUAAAGUUGAGUUCCCUCCAAUAGAAACGUUUUUUAGAAUCAUUUUUAACAUUACUGCAUUUUACAUGUAGUCUUAAUUUCUUAAUCUAUAUGUUCAGUAGUGAUGUCGUUAAUGUGUAAAGCUAGUGUAGAUAUAACUUCAGAAUCAUACAGAUGGAUUAUAACAAAUAGUGCCCUUAGUUUUGUACAAAUAAAGUCAAUGUGCCUUUAUAUAAUAAAUGUCUUUAGAUAUUAA